AUGGGAGAAAUUAUUUAAUUGAAUUUUGGAGAUAUUGGAAAUAAUAUUGGACACUAAUAUUUAGAGAAAUUGAUAGACGAUCACUACCUAGAUGAAACAAAAAGCUAUAGAAGCGAUUAAUAUAGACAAAAAAUUCAUGUAUCAUUUGAAGAGUUAAGGGAUAGAUAAUUCUAGUUUAGAGGAAUAUUUGAGAAUUCAAGCGAUUGUAACAUAACAAAUUAUAUUAUAGAAUCCAUCAAUAAACUAUUAACAUCUCCUGAAUGUGAAAACAUCAAUAAUGACUUAUUAUUGUAGAAUUAAAAUAGAAAUAAAUCAGGUACCUUUUCAAACAGCUAAACUAACUUUCGAGAUUAGGUACAAGAUGAACUGUUUGAGAAACUGAGACAUCAUAUUGAGAAAUGUGAUAAAUUUUUUGGAUGUCAUUUUGUGCAUUCUACUUUUGACAAUUCAUCAGGUUCAUCAUCAUCCGCAAUAAAUUAAUACAGGAAAAGAUAUUUUCAUAAACUUUGCAGUUCUUUUUGGAUGUUUCCAAACAUUGAAAAUACCAAUACAAUCGAAAUUUAUAAUACUGCUUUUUCAUUACAUGGAUUAAUUGAGAUAUGUGAAUUGGUUAUGAUAUUUGAUAAAGAGCUUUAGAAAAUUAAUUGAUAAAGCUAAGAUAAUAAUGCACUUUUGAAAAUUGCAAUAAUGUUAUAGCUGAAUGUUUAUUAUAAAUGAAUUGCUCUUAACGUUUUUCUGGUCAUUAGAAUGGAGACUUAAGAAAAUUGUCUACUAAUCUUGUUCAUUAUCCUCGAUAACAUUUUUUAACAUGUGCCUUUACACCUAUUGAAAUUAACUAAGAUUUGAAUUACUAAUUAACUAAUUUAAGUCUACCUAACAAUACCUAUUUUUCUUUUCAAAAUCCAACUAGAAAUUUAUACAUUGCUCAAGCAUUGAUUACAAGAUGCAAUUCUUAUAAUUUAGAUUUUAAUAAGCUGCGUCAACAUUAUCAAAUAAGGUAGAAUGGAUUGACGAUCCUUUAUUACAUAUAAAUUGCAAGGUUGAAAAUAGAUAUCUAGGAAAAACAGUUAUGCACGUUGGGAAUCAUAAAGAUUUGGGACUUAACUUAAAAAUACAUAGUGAGAUGUUUACUGCUAAUUUCAGAAGAAAAGCCUUCUUACAUUAUUAUUUAUAAGAUGGUAUGGAUGAAAUGGAAUUCACUGAGGCUGAAUCAUAUCUAAGUGACUUUGUCUCUGAGUAUUUUUAAUGCAUUUGCGGAAUGUCAGAAUAUGAUGAAGAGGAGUAAGGUUAUGAAUAGGACCUAUGAGAAUAAUUAUAAAUUAUUAAUAAUACAUAAAUAAAACCAUUUUCUAGGAAUUUCUAGAGAAUAAUAAAGUGCUUUUAAAAUUAAUCAUAUAUAGUUGGUCAAAAAAUUGGCCUAUUUUAGUCUGUGCGUCUGUGCUGAACUAUCAUAUAGUUGA